GCAAAUCACUGUGUGGAGUGCUGGUGCUGGGAUAACUGGGAAUCCAUAUUAAAAACCUAGGUAGGGAGCGUGAAGGACUCCACGAAUUCCAUUUGAAGGCAUCUUUGAGCUCGCCGAGUAAGCAUCAUGAGCAAAGCUCACCCUCCCGAGUUGAAAAAAUUUAUGGACAAGAAAUUAUCAUUGAAAUUAAAUGGUGGCAGACAUGUCCAAGGAAUAUUGCGGGGGUUCGAUCCCUUUAUGAAUCUUGUAAUAGAUGAAUGUGUGGAGAUGGCAACUAGUAGGCAACAGAACAAUAUUGGAAUGGUGGUAAUUCGAGGAAAUAGUAUCAUCAUGUUAGAAGCCUUGGAACGAGUAUAAACAAUGGGUGUGUUCACCAGAAGAAACCAACUGCUUCCACGUGUCCCCUUCAUAGCACCAGUUUUACUACAAUAUAAAAAUCAGGUCAUGCAUUUUCAUAUUGAACUUUUUUGUUAAAUAAACUUUUUUAAUAGUCAAAAAA